CUAAUUGACAGACAUAUUUGAUACAAAAAUUUUGCAAUCCAGAAAAGGUGGUACAAAAAUUUUGUUCAUUAUCUUCCAAAAACUCUCGUGCCUACUUUAAUGCUUCAUCAAAAUGCCAAAUCUCAUAAAUUAUAUUUUUUACAUAUAGAAAACAUUGAUAAGUUAGAUUUAAUUAGGUUCUUUAAUAGUAAAGUAAGUUUAUAUAUCUUCUUUCAAGCAGCGUAGUGGUAUCUUAUCUUUUUUUUCGUUUGUCUGAGGAUUACUUUUAUUAAAGGCUAUCUGACUAAUUUUCAGUGUGAAGUGUCUUUCUGUACAAAAUGAGUCUGGAAUCUAUAAGAUAUAAAAGAGGUACUUUAGAGAUUUUGGAUCAGCUGCUGCUUCCUCUUCAAACUAGAUAUGUUAAAGUACAAGGCGUAGAAGAUGGUUGGAAAGUGAUUAAUAAAAUGCAGGUAAGAGGGGCCCCUGCGAUAGCCAUUGUUGGCUGCUUAUCACUGGCUGUGGAGUUACUCAAGGAAGUAAUUGACGAUAAAAAGGUCAUGAGACAAGAGAUUGAAGGCAAGCUAAAUUACCUGGUAUCAGCAAGGCCAACAGCUGUAAACAUAAAAUUGGCAGCCGACGAAUUGAUAAAUUUAGCAAAUACUUUAAGUGCAGAUGAUAAUGUCUCACCUAGUGAGUUUAAAGACAGAUUUAUCUCUAGCAUAGAAGGUAUGUUAAAGAAAGAUAUAGAAGAUAAUAAAGCAAUUGGCAAGUUUGGCUGUGAAGCAAUAUUAAAUAGUUUAAAAGGAGAUGGGCUAGUUCGGAUUUUAACUCACUGUAACACAGGAUCCCUAGCAACAGCUGGCUAUGGAACAGCUUUAGGUGUUAUCAGAUAUUUGCAUGAAUCAAAAAAGCUGGAACAUGUAUAUUGCACAGAAACUCGUCCAUAUAAUCAGGGUGCACGUUUGACAGCCUAUGAACUGAUACAUGAGAAGAUUCCUGCCACACUGAUUGUUGACAGUAUGGUGUCUGCACUGAUGAACACAAGAAACAUUACUGCAGUUGUUGUUGGAGCAGACCGUGUUGCUGCCAAUGGUGAUACAGCAAAUAAAAUAGGAACAUAUCAAAUAGCAAUAGUGGCGAAGUACCAUGGUGUUCCUUUCUAUGUGGCUGCUCCACUCAGCUCCAUUGACAUGUCACUAAAAUCUGGAGAAAGAAUUAAGAUUGAAGAGAGACCAGACAGAGAAAUGACACAUAUUGGUGAACACAGGAUAGCUGCACCUGGUAUAAACUGCUGGAAUCCAUCAUUCGACGUCACUCCGGCUAGUCUUAUAUCUGGUAUUAUUACUGAAAAAGGUGUAUUUGCUCCAAAUCAACUGAAAGAUAUUAUUUAUAUGCAUCAAACGGUAGUACCAAAAUCAUAGUGAAUUGUUAAUCUUUGUUAUUACUAACAAAAAAUAAUCUAUUAUAUUUGUAAUAAAUAAUAAUCUACUAUUGCAAAUUUGUUAUAAAAAGCUAUUGCAUUAAGAAAUUAUAGUUUUGCUACUGCAGAUAUAUUAAUGUUUGAUGAUGUCUUUACUGGCUUGUCAAAAAUGUGAUAAACAUAAUAUGUAUACUGCCUAAUACCUUUAUCAUUUUAAAAUCACUAAAAUCAAAAUUUAAUUAUAGACAAUGUACUAUAGAAUUACGUUUUGGGUUUGAUUUUGUUUAUUAAAUUAAUUUCACGCGUUAAUAUAUAUAUUUUACACAAAUACAGAGGCUGAUAAAAAUAUUUUUAAUAGGUAUAAUUUACUUGUAAAAUGCUGUAUAUUACGUACCAAGAAAUAAAUUUGUUAAAUGUUGCAUAACU